GAGAAGAUUCUGCCUCUCCAGCACCCAGGCCUGUGUUUGGCACAUGGCUCAUAGUAAGCGGCCGGCUGAGGGGCCCUUGAAAUGGGUCCCUGAGGAUCUUAUUUCCUCCCUCCCUCAUCAUCUAAAGAAUGAGGCCAUGGCCGCCAUUUAUUUAUUUGUUCCUUGUUUUGUUUUUAAAUCUGUGAUGCGCCAUCAGGAAACCAUUUCCGCUUCUGCCCCUGGUGGGGCUCUUGGAAAUGCUCCCCUCUCAGCCAAUGGAGAGCACCGAUUCUGGCAGGGGGCUGUGCUUUUUGGUCAGCCCUGCCCCCACCCACCCACUCUGCACACAAAAGCAGCAUAAUUAACUGUCUUAAGGAAGCCGAUCCUCUGCCAGCUGCGAUCUGGCAAGAAGAAAAUACCUCGGAGGCACGAGCUGCGACGAUGACGGGGGACGCUGCCGCAGCCAAGAGAAGGGGAGCCGACCCCUAGCUGCAAGCCGUUCUCCACCCCUGGACAAAAGCGCCCAUCUGCUCCCGUCACAUUGCUCUGGGUGACCUUCCUUGGAUGCAGAGUCCGCCCCUGCGUGCAUCUUCCUCGGAUGCUCUGAAGGCCGGGGGACCGCGCUCUGAAGACGAGGGAUGCCAGGCUGCAUCCUCCCAGGGCUGGUCUUUGUUUGCGAGUAAACGGGAGAGGCCGCGGAGGUAGCCGGGACUCACGCGGAGGAUUCAUCCUUGCUUCAAGUCGACACCUUUUCCCAGCUCCCAUGGGGACCACUGAAGCCACACUCCGGAUGGAAAACAUGGACGUGAAGGAAGAAUGGCAGGAUGAAGCUCUGCCCAGGCCACUCCCAGAAGACACGGGGAUAGACUUGCUUGGCAGUCCUGCAGAAGACACGUCCUCCCCUCCCAACACACUAAACUUCAACGGGGCUCAUCGUAAGCGAAAGACGCUCGUCGCCCCUGAAAUUAACAUUUCCCUGGACCAGAGUGAGGGCUCCCUGCUGUCUGAUGACUUCCUGGACACCCCUGAUGACCUGGAUAUCAAUGUGGAUGACAUCGAGACCCCGGAUGAGACCGACUCACUGGAGUUCCUGGGGAACGGCAAUGAGCUGGAGUGGGAAGAUGACACCCCUGUGGCCGCCGCCAAGAACAUGCCUGGAGAUAGUGCUGAUCUGUUUGGGGAUGGCUCGGCUGAGGACGGCAGUGCCGCCAACGGGCGUCUCUGGCGGACGGUGAUCAUUGGAGAACAGGAACACCGAAUUGACUUGCACAUGAUCCGGCCCUACAUGAGGGUGGUGACGCAUGGAGGAUACUAUGGUGAAGGCCUCAAUGCCAUCAUCGUCUUCGCUGCCUGCUUCCUCCCAGACAGCAGCCUCCCCGACUACCACUACAUCAUGGAGAACCUCUUCCUGUAUGUCAUCAGCAGUUUGGAACUCCUGGUGGCGGAGGAUUACAUGAUUGUGUACCUAAAUGGUGCCACCCCCAGGCGGAGGAUGCCUGGCAUUGGCUGGCUGAAGAAGUGUUACCAGAUGAUCGACAGGAGAUUGCGGAAAAACCUAAAGUCCUUAAUCAUCGUCCACCCAUCCUGGUUCAUCCGCACCGUGCUGGCCAUCUCCCGCCCUUUCAUCAGUGUCAAGUUUAUCAACAAGAUCCAGUAUGUUCAUAGCUUGGAAGAUCUGGAGCAGCUCAUCCCCAUGGAGCAUGUGCAGAUCCCAGACUGCGUGCUACAGUAUGAAGAGGAACGGCUGAAGGCCAGGAGAGAGAGUGCGAGGCCACAGCCAGAGUAUGUCCUGCCCAGGUCUGAAGAGAAGGCAGAGUCGGCUCUGGCAGAGGACAGGUCUUCUCUGGCUACAGAAGAUCAGGAAACAAGCAUGUCCUGAGAUGAUGUGAGCACAGAGGAGGACAUGAAAGAAGAUCCCAGAUGCCAAGAAACCUCUGUCAGAUGUCCUCUGGCCCUGGAUCUUGUCCUUGCCUCAUCCUGACUCACAGACUCGGGGGUGGGGGGUGCCUGUCUCCUCCAUUCAUCUCUGAAACCCAGCAUCCUCUCUAGCUGCUUGAAAACAUUUUUUUAAUGAUGCAGUAUUAGUGCAUUCUGGAAAAGGACCCAGUUCUCAGCCUUCACCCUCCCACACUCAUGAACUCACAGCCAAGAAGGGCAAGAAAUGUUGAGUGUGGCACAUGCAUCCUUGGUGGCCUCAGAGACCUCUCCCACUGCACAAAAUCCUGGUCAGGAUCCUUCUCUUGCUUGUCACCUGGCCCAGAUUGGAACCACAGAUGCCCACCAACUCCCUGGCCAGGACUGGAUUCCUUCUUGUGCCUUUCCUCCCAGAACGGCCCCUGCAGCCCUGGGCAUCUGGCCUGGAAGUUCAGCUCCCCACACCAAGCAGCACCAAGCCCUGGGUACCACCCAGCCCUUGAUCUCAUAGCUCUUCCUUUGACCAGCCCCCCUCAUCUCCUAUAACUCCCACCUUCUUAGGGAGCAUCGGAGCCUACAGCACUGAUAAUCACCCUGGUCCUACAAUUGUAGAAUCACACCCCCCUCAAUCUAGAACAUUCUCAAGCCCCUUGAAUGUGGAGGCCAUACCACAGGGCAAUCCUGAUCAAUACCUCCUACUGAGGGAAUAAGCCUCCCCACUUCCCCAAUCCCCGCCCCCUACACGGAGUUGGGAUGCAUCCCUCAGGUUCCCACCAAGAGCAGUGGCUGAGAAACCAGCUCUGAAAUAAGGUCGUCCCAGAAACACAGACAAAGAAAAAGGAAGAUACAGGGUACUGGAUAUUUGAGUGUUACGAAUGACACUUAGGAAAAUAAAUCCCAAUGGCCUGGAUGCUAUGGCCACCUACAUUCAAGGGAGACAAUUUUCCUUAGGACAAAAAACGCUUUUCCAAUGUGGUCCAAACACCAGCCAGGUGGGCUCUAGAGGGAGUAAGUUCCCCGUCCCUAGAUCCAUUCAAGAAAAUGCUGGAUGGUGCUUGCAGAAAGUGGUCCUCUGCAGUCCCCUCCAAUCCUGAGUCUAUUUCUGUGAAUCUGAGCAAAAGUUGAGCAGGCGCAUUGUCUGGCCCCUCUUCCUGGCUCUGUAGCCGUCCUUAGCGGGUGUCAUCCAGGUUUGGUUGACUCCCCUUCCCCAAUAAUUUCACAGUAGGAGAUUCUUGUUCUCAGUGGACAUCAAUGGGGUGAGUUUUAGGUUAUUCCAACUGUGGGAGGGGGCUAGUGGCAUUCAGUGCUGAGGAAGAGGAGUGGCAGUGCUUCCUUGUGCCACCCCGAAUGCUAGUCCAUCCUACCCUCAAAGAGCCUGCAGCCUAAAGAUUCUGACUGCACAAGAAAUUCCAACAUGGGCCCCCAGUUCAUAGUAGCCCACCCACCACCCCUCUGGACCACCAGCAGCCAUAGUCCUCAGGCAAGUGGAACCAAGGACCCCAACUGUACCACAACAGCCCCUCCAGAAUAGAGACUCCCAUGGAGGCUGUUGCCAGGCCAGCCACAUGUCAACAGAUGUUUGAAGUUCCACAGCACAGCUCCAUCCAAAUGGGGCCACUGUGUCCAGGCCGCCUGCCACCUGCACCCUUCAAAAUUGGCUUUGUGAAAGAUUUGCAUCUGUGGGGCAGUUUUGGCCAAAAUGUAAUGGAUGCCAAGCUCUCACUAUAAAGGGACCUUGGGUUUCCUCUUGUGACACAUGGGACACGUCAUAAGUCCCCAGAGUUCUAGUUCAUACACCCAUCCUUCUGACAGUGAGUUUUGCAGUUUUUAAAAAAACAAAAACAAUUCAUGAUGAUUACUUUCGUGAUGUGAAGACAUCAUUUCCAUGAGCUUUGGGGGAUUUUUAUGUGAAAUAAAUAAACUAUAACUGAGAAGGGAGGUUUGUGACUUUUGUCCAUGUCCUAGGGAUGUGGCGCUGGUCUUGGUUGUAGCGCAGAGGGAAGGGCUUUCACGGGCUGGAAAGGAACACAGCUCAAUGCUACAUGAUCAGCAUCAAAAAAUGGGCAGAAGAUCUAAACAGACAAUUCUCCAAAGAAGACAUACAGAUGGCCAAAAAACACAUGAAAAGAUGUUCAACAUCACUCAUUAUGAGAGAAAUGCAAACCAAAACCACUAAGAGGUACCACCUUACACCAGCCAGAAUGGCCAUCAUCAAAAAGGCUACAAACAAUAAGUACUGGAGAGGGUGUGGAGAAAAAGGAACCCUAGUACACUGUUGGUGGGAUUGUAAAUUGGUCCAACCACUGUGGAAAACAGUAUGGAGAAAACUAAAAAUAGAACUCCCAUUUGAUCCAGCAAUCCCACUCCUGGGCAUCUAUCCAGAGAAAAACAUGACUCGCAAAGACACAUGUACUCCAAUGUUCAUUGCAGCAUUAUUUUCAAUAGCCAAGACAUGGAAACAACCUAAAUACCCAUUGACAGAGAGAGGAGUGGAUCAAGAAGAGGUGGUACGUAUACACAAUGGAAUAUUAUUCAGCCAUUAAAAUGAACGAAAUACCAGCAUUUUUAGCAACAUGGAUGGACCUAGAAAUUAUCACGCUACGUGAAGUCAGUCAGACAAUGAGACACCCAACAUCAAAUGCUUUCACUGACAUGUGGAAUCUGAAGAAAGGACAGAACGAACUUCUUUGCAGAAGAGAUGCUGACUCAUAGAUUUUGAAAAACUUAUGGUUUCAAAAGGAGACAGUUCGGGGGGUGGGGGGAUGCACUGGUGUUGUGGGAUGGAAAUCCUAUAAAAUUGGAUUGUGAUGAUCAUUGUAAAACUAUAAAUGUAAUAAAUUCACUGAGUAAUAAAAAAAAU